CUCGCACACAUGGAGUGUCCCGUUUGUACCCUACUCUCUGUGGUUUUAGAAUUUGAACAUUCAAAACGAAUUCAAAACGCUGUAUGUGCUUAUUUGUCACGCUAUCCACAACAACAAAGAGCCCUAAAUUGUUUUCUUUCGUUUUGCAUAAUGCCUAUCUCGAAUGCCAAUGUCAAUAGUACAAUUCGUAUGCUGUGAUUUAUGAUCUUUAUAGUGACCAGCACUCCGUCCAGAUGCUGCUUACAAGAAAAGGAUGCAGAAGGGGCAGUAGGGCUGCUUUUCGCUGUCUCACCACAGUUAAUAACGCAACAAACAAACCCGAAACCAUCCUAGCAUUUGACCAAAUCCCUGGGCCUCCGUGUCUCCCUCUACUGGGCACAUCCUGGCAGACACUGUUAGAGACAAGAAGCACAACAUUAGGCAAAGCAAUUUUCAAUUUGGAGAAGAAGAACUUCGAAAAAUACGGCAAAAUCUUGCGCCAAGAGUUGCCAGGAGUGGGUUCAGUUGUUAGCAUCAGUGACCCCGACGAUGUACAAAUGGUGCUCCGCUCGGAAUCUAAAUUUCCUAAGCGGUCUCUCCUCCCGUUGAUAGACCAAUAUCGUCAGCUAAGACAAGUCCCUCCAGGUCUCGCGUUUGCAGUUGGCGAGGAGUGGUACAAACACAGAACUGUGCUUAGCAAGAAAAUGCUUCGACCUCCCGAAGUAGCCGCUUAUUGUCCAACCUUUGACGCCAUUACGAAUGAAUUUCUCAUAAAGAUACAUAAACUGCGAGGACCUGCCAACUCGCCGAAGGAGUACGAAGUUCAUGAUCUCGAAAACGAGUUGUUUCGUUGGUCAUUUGAAAAUAUCUCGACGGUUUUGUUCGAUAAACGGUUCGGCUGUCUCGACGAUCACGUGGAUCCGGAUGCACAAGCGUUCAUUGAUGCUGUUGGUGAUUUUUUUUCAUGUAUCUCCUCUCUGUUGUUGAUCCCACAAUGGUUCCAUAAAAUAUACGAGACUCCCACCUACAAGAGAUUUAUCCAAAGCAUGGAUACGAUGUAUGAAUACACUGGAGCUCUUGUGGAGGAGAAGAAGAUAGAACUCAUGAAAACUGAACUGGAGAGUUCGGAAGAUAAACCCGAUUUCUUCCGGUUCCUUCUCUCCAGUGGUAAGCUCACAGAGAAUGAUCUCCUAGCCAGCGUCAUCGAUCUGCUAUUCGCUGGCGUCGACACGACUUCAAACACAAUGCUAUGGGUUCUCUAUAUGAUGAGCCAAAACCCCACUGAGCAGCAAAAACUACAUCACGAGGUCUCCACUGUGCUCAAGCCUGGGGAACCUAUCACUGUGAACACCCUCUCAAGCCUGCCUUACCUUAAAGCUUGGAUCAAAGAGACCCUGAGAAUGUAUCCCAUUGUCGCAGUUCUACCCCGUCGAAUGGAACAAGACCUGAUCCUUAGGGGAUACCAUGUUCCUGCAGGCACAACUGCUUUUAUCCAUCAGGGUUUCAUGGGCAGAGACGAGGCUUUAUUCCCUCAUCCUAACAGUUUCCGUCCGGAGAGAUGGCUGAGAGGAGAAGCGCCAGUCGAGGACAGGGUCAAGAACACGUUCGCGUCCAUUCCGUUUGGGUUCGGUCGCCGGAUGUGCGUGGGGCGACGGCUGGCGGAACAGGAAGUGCAUGUGUUGACAGCGAGGAUUGCUCAGCGGUAUGAGGUGACGUACCCCGAGGGGGAGGAAGAGGUGGAGCCGACCAUGAUUUUAUUGACCGUCCCGGACAGACCACUGAGGGUCAAGUUCAACGAGCGUUAAUAAAAGUUUUCUAACACGUUAUUAUAUUGUGCAAGUAAAGGAUACUAGCCUGCUAGCUGGCUCUCAUUCGGGAUAACAGUUUUUAUUUUGGAUUGUUUCUCGACCAUCGGGAACCCUGUGGCGCGCAAAGGGACGAGGAGCACUGGGUCAGCAGGCGGCUGGUGAGCUACGAAAGGACGGACUAAAAGACUGACAAUAACAGACGGACACAUACAGAUAGACAGACGGACACAUAAGCAGAUUUACAGACGGACACAAACGAUAAGACAUCACGGAUAUCAUUUCGUGAUGGCGCAUAAUCCAAGGAAGAUUAUACUAUUCCGGUUGCGGAGCAGUAGAUGUACAAAGUCGCUCGUUGCUCUAACCUAACACUAUCAUAGUGUGAAGAUAUAGACACGGUAACGCCCGGGCAUAUCACAUCCUGUAAGACAAAGUGCGGAUGGAGUGUUAUCAUUAUCUUUUUAUCACUGAUAAUCAAGUUUUAGUUGUCUCACCCGUUAUUGUCUGGUGCAAAAUGCAUGCCACUUUGCAAAAUAGAAGAAAACACUUAUUUCCCGUAUACGAGAAUGGGUAGAUAGCAUCAAGUACUAUAAAAGUAACUAACUUUAAACAAUAAGAAAACGAAAUCAAUAUAAUAUUGUAUGUAACGUUUGUGAUAUUCA